CCCCUCGCUCUCUUCCUAAACAUAAAUCAAUUUUUAAAAAAAACAUGAUACAUUCAUUCAAUACACAAGACCAGAUGGGGGUAGGCCUCACUUCUAUGAUAACAUUCUCUUUCUCGCUCGCUCUCUCUCUGGUUCAAACAGGAUCUAUAAAUGGUGAUUACAAGGACGUCCCCUUGAAGAACCAAUAGACAGGCUUGAGUUAAAAGAUAUCACGGCUUUAUCUUCAAUCUAGAAUGCUUUACAGUUUGCUAUUGAUCUAAAUAACUUGAUGCUAUGUCUUCAAAUACUGGCUUCGGGUCUUGCCGCAGGUUCAAGGUAGUUUUGAUCGGAGACUCGGGCGUGGGGAAAACUGCAUUGUUUCUGAGGCUCAGGGAUGGCAUUUUCUGUGACACAGUGUCUACAAUUGGUGUGGACAGUUUCACUAGGAAUAUAGUUGUAGACGGCCUCAGUGUCAAGUUAACUUUGGUAGACACAGCAGGUAUUGAAAGGUUUAACACCCUAUCCACCAGUUACUAUAGACAUAGCCAUGCGGUUUUCUUCGUAUACAGUGUAGAUAAACCAGCCAGUUUAGCAAGUGUAAGAACUUGGAAUAAGACUGUGGACAUUAUUGCACCAAAUGUUGUUCGAUUUCUAGUUGGCACUAAAAACGACAUCCAAUGUGGACUGUGCCAGACGACCGUUGAACACGUCGCCAAUUCUAUUGGUUGUAAAGCUGUCUUUGAUACGUCAGCCAAAACUGGUCAUGGAGUUUCUAAUCUUCUAGAGAUUGUUUGCAAAUGUCUAAUUACUGAACAAAAUCAAGAACAACAGGAAGAGACGAAUUCUAAAUUUAAUCUGGAUGAUCUGGAGUUCCAUAGUAAGACUAACCAGUCUGCUUGUUGUUCCUGACGUCUAUCAUUCAGACUGAUACCGAGAUGCAGCAUGGGACUACACAUUGGGGAGUUUUGCGAAUAAAGUUAAUCAGUCGUC